AGGAGAAGCUCCUGCUGAGGGAAGCGCUGGGGACAGAGCCCACGGGGAGAGGCGCCUGCUGCUCAAGAGAAUCCUUCAGUCACGUCCCUGCUCCGCACUGGGGUCACCACAGUCCCCGGGGACAUGGGUCCUGCUCUCCUCCUGCUGCUCACUGCAGCUGGUGUCUGGCAAGGCUUGGCAUCCCCAGUGAUCAGCCCUGAUCUCCCUGCUCUGGUCGUCAACACGGGUGAUCCAGUCAUCUUGUUCUGCUCAGGGAAGACCAAAGUCGAAUGGAAAAGCCGGAAGGACACAUUCAGCAACCACACCAGCAGCACGCUCAGCAUUCCCAAGGCCACUUACAGAGAUACAGGCACCUAUAAGUGUGCUUAUGUCAACAGCAGUGACAAGGACAUUGCAACUGUGCAUCUGUUUGUGCGAGAUCCCAAUAAUGUUUGGUCUGUCCCGAUUUUACGGAUCUCUGUGACCAAAGGUGAUGAUGCUGAAUUCCCCUGUCUCAUCACAGCCCCCGAGUAUGGAUCCAGUGUGACUCUGAUAAUGGAUGAUGGCUCUAAUGUCUCACCUGGGACCAACUAUUCUUUCAGUCCUGAGAAAGGAAUAACACUUCACAAUGUGCAAAGCAAGCAGAAGGGCUAUUACCGAUGCCAAGCAGUAGUAAAUGGAAAAAUAGAGAAGUCAUCAAAAAUAAGACUGCUUGUGAAAGAAGGACCUGAGAAGCCUGUGUCAGUGAUGAUGGACCCUACAGACCAUGUGCGAAUCGUGGGUGAACCCUUCAAAAUCACUUGCAGAGUAAUUGCUCCUUCCCACAAGUAUGACAUCAGAUGGGUGACACCAGCCAAGAAUGUCAAGAGUACUAAAAAGCCUGACUUUGGAAAUGAUUACUAUGUCAUCAGUGACAUCCUGACUGUCCCAGCUGUGACCAUGGAAGACAGUGGGAAAUACACUUGUAUAGCUAAUAACUCAGCAGGAUUCAGGAAUGCCUCGACAAUGCUUCAGGUGGUAGAGAAUGGUUACGUGUUCCUGACCCCAGUGCAAGCCACCAGCCAGGAAGUUGCUUUGGGAGACAGUCUGGAGCUGCAGGUGCACAUUGAGGCUUAUCCAAAACUUCUCUACUGGGGCUGGGAGCACACAAACCCCUUGAACUCAGGGAGUACCACAUUCAAGGGCCACAUGACCUCUGGAAACAACUGGUACAACAACACACUCUUCCUGAACCGCCUGCAGGAAGGAGAGGGAGGUCUCUAUACAUUUUAUGCCCUCAACAAUGAGACCAAUGCAUCAGUUACCUUCAGUAUCUCUCUGAAAUCUCCUCCGAGGGUCUGCAAAGUCAAGGUCCCAGCCAACGACUCCAGCAUCCUCCAGUGCAUGGCCAUUGGCUACCCUGCCCCGCGCAUCGAGUGGUACCAGUGCCCCAUUUACUCUGACAGAUACAAUGAGGACUAUAAGUUGCUACUGAAUGACUCCAGUCCCCAGGUGGUGAAUAUGCUGCCCUUCCAUGAGGUGGAGGUGGAGAGUGCCAUCCCUUUCCAGGAGCUGGGUCCCAAUUUCACCUUCUGCUGUGUGGCUGUUAACAGAGAGGGGAAUUUUUCUGACAUGUUUCACUCGCUCACCAUCACCAGAAGUGUUAUGGCCCCCCCAAACAAGCUCUUCAGCCCUGUUCUCUCCACCUGCAUAGGCACAUCGGUCCUGCUGCUCCUUCUGCUCCUCUUCCUCCUCUACAAGUACAACCAGAAACCCAAGUACCAGGUACGGUGGAAGAUCAUUGAGGCCUGUGAAGGGAAUAACUACAUCUUUAUCGAUCCAACUCAGCUGCCAUACAAUGAAAAAUGGGAGUUUCCCAGGAAUAACCUCCAGUUUGGAAAAACUCUUGGAGCAGGAGCCUUUGGAAAAGUGGUAGAAGCUACUGCUUUUGGUCUUGGCAAAGAAGAUUCAGGCCUCAAAGUGGCUGUGAAGAUGCUAAAGUCAUCAGCAGACACAGAUGAGCAAGAGGCUCUCAUGUCUGAGCUGAAGAUCAUGAGCCACUUGGGACACCACGAGAACAUUGUUAAUCUGCUGGGAGCAUGCACCUAUGGAGGCCCAAUCCUUGUCAUCACUGAGUACUGUCGCUAUGGAGACCUGCUGAAUUUCCUACGGAAGAAGGCUGAAUCCAUAAUUAUCCAGGAUUCUUCCCUGGACACCUCUUUAGACAGUGCUGCUGAUUACAAAAACGUUGAUGUAGAGAAGAAAUACAUCCGCAGUGACAGUGGCUUUUCGAGCCAGGGUUUGGAAAUGUAUGUUGAAAUGAGGCCCGUGUCAUCAUCAUCUUCUUCAGCAUCAUCUGAUUCUGCGCAAGCCAGGGGGAAAACCUCAGAGGAAGUUGAUGAAACCAGAGAGGAUCUCCGCCCCCUCAAUCUUUCUGACCUGCUACAGUUUUCCAGCCAGGUGGCCCAGGGCAUGGCAUUCCUUGCAUCAAAGAACUGCAUCCACCGUGACUUAGCAGCCAGGAAUGUGCUUGUAUCAGAUGGACGGGUGGCCAAGAUCUGUGACUUCGGUCUGGCCCGCGACAUCAUGAAUGACUCGAACUAUGUUGUUAAAGGCAAUGCCCGCCUGCCCGUGAAAUGGAUGGCCCCAGAGAGCAUCUUUGACUGCAUUUAUACAGUGCAGAGCGAUGUGUGGUCUUAUGGCAUCCUUCUCUGGGAGAUCUUCUCCCUUGGUAAAAGUCCAUAUCCUGGCAUGGUGGUGAACAGCAAGUUCUACAGCAUGGUGAAGCAAGGAUACCAGAUGGCCAGGCCUGACUUUGCUCCCUUGGAAAUGUACAGCAUCAUGCAGGCAUGCUGGAGCUUGGAGCCCACACAGAGACCCACCUUUGACCAGAUCAGCUGCUUCAUUCAGAAAGAACUGGAGGUGCACAAGGAGCAGGACUACACCAAUCUCCCCUCCGCUGCUGAGGAAGACAGCGGCUGCGACACCUCUGGCUGCUGUGAGGAAUCCUGUGAGCAAGAGGAGAGUGGCCAGCCCCUUCUCAAGAGCAACAACUAUCAGUUCUGUUAGCUGGGACCAUCACCCCGGGGUAGAUCCCUGUCCUUCUGUUUCUGCAGAGCUCAGCUCUGCCCUAGGACACCGACACCUUCUGCUUUGGCUCUCUGUGCUUUCUGAAGCGUGAGUGUUACCAACUCCCUCACUGAAAGGAUGGUGCUGGAGAGACCCAACAAGACUCACCAUGGGGGUCCCUCAGGUCUUACCUCAAGUGUAGCAUAGAGUUGUUAGGAUGAUAACACACUCCAUCUCUGCAAGGUGCUGAGAGGUUUCACAUCCCCUGCCUCCCCAGCCCCAGAGGAGACUGGGGUGUUUGGCUUUUGUAGUGUUCCUAAAAUGCAUGUUGCAGCCAAGUAAGAUAUUUCCAAAAGUCACUCACAUGACUGAACCCUUGUGUUUUAUGAGUGCAUCUUGAACUAAGUGCUGAAGCUGGAACUGUUCCACACACUAGCAGCAGCCCUCUUUCUUGGUGGUCCUGCUCUCUUCCCUUUGUCAGUCUAACCCUGAAUGAUGGAUGCAGAGUGUGUUUAAGUAGAGGCUUUACCUAUAUCUAGCAUUAAAUAUGCAUUAACAUUUCCUCAUGCAACCUACCUCUCUGCAGCUGAUGCUUCUGCAGGAAUUGAGUGAAGCAAGUCAAGGUGACAACCUCAGGGUUCCGUGAACUUGUGCCCCAGUAACAGGACAGAGGGACAGUUAUUUCUCAGGUAAAACACAGAGGUAACCAGUGCUUUUCUGCACGAGCACUGAACACAACCCCAAUCCAAGAAAGAAUGGCAGCUUAAACAGAUCUGGAAAUCAACAUCCAUCCUACAAAAUGUCUGAGUUGAACAUGUAGCAAUCACUGCCUUUGUCAUGAUUACAGACAGACUUUUGUACAUAUUUUCCUGAGUAUAUUUUAGUAGUACCACUGAGGUAACUUUUUUUUCAUAAGCUAGGGCCCCAUCACGUGUAGCUCUCAUAAGUAGCUAAAGAACCUACCCAGCAGCUUCACCUGCUUCGAUGGGUAGAGGUUCAGUAUUCCAGGUAUAAACACUGACAGGGCUCAGGCAAACUGUGUGGCAGGUGGCCUUUGUCAUACUGUGAGCAAUUAUGGUGUGGGCCACUUCUGGUUAUAUUAAACCUGGUUUUAUGCUAACACCAAGUGAUUCACUCCUCCUUACUAAAUAAAAGCUAAUGUACUUCUGUCAGCAUUAUACAGAAUAAAACAAGAUGUUUAACAAAAUGAGACUUUAAGGACUGUUCUCAGAGGGGAAUAGAUCAGAGCAUGGGUGAUGCACUGGCCCAUCCUCUCACAGCCUGCAACUCUGCUUCAGUUCCUCAGCCACACUUCUUUUACCAGUUCUCAAAACCACUCAAUCUUGUGUAAUGCAAAAAACCCCAAAUUAUUAAAGACAAGGUUUUAAAGCA